CGACCUUAAAAUGUUUACGCGAUCACCGGCUGUAAUGGCGACCAACAAAAGAACACUGAUGUUACAACAAAAUAGAGACUAGAAGAUGAUGGAAAAGCGUGUAAAACUGAAGAAGGUCAAUCCAUGUAUUACAUGUGGACUGUGUAAAGGAUAUCUAGUUGAAGCAACCACCAUUACAGAAUGUCUUCAUACUUUUUGUCGGAGUUGUCUAGUAAAGUUUUUGUUGGAGAACAACACCUGUCCACGUUGUGGUAUAUUGAUACACCAAAGCCAUCCUCUCAACUAUAUCAGCCAUGACCGUACAAUGCAAGAUAUUGUCUACAAACUAGUGCCAAAUUUACAAGAAAAUGAGAAGAAAAGACAGGUAGAAUUUUACAAGAAAAAAGGUCUUCAAAUGCCCCAUGGAGAUGCCUAUGAAGAUGACAAGAAGAAUAUUGAGAAGAACUCUCCUGACAAGGAGGAUAAUAAUGACUAUCAUCGUCUUGACGAGCAAGUUAACGUGUGUCUUGAAUGUUUGGAAAUUAAUGUACUCAAAAGUUUGAAACGUAAAAUACUUAGACUGUCUUCCCAAGCAACUGUGACUCAUUUAAAAAAAUUUGUGGCUUUAAAAGUGUUUGGAACAAUAGAUCGUUACAAAGAUAUUGAUAUACUGUGCAACAAUGAAUUGCUAGGGAAGGACCACAUGUUAAAGUUUAUUAUUGCAACUAGAUGGAGAUUAGCAGAUGAACCAUUACUAUUACAUUACCGGAAAAGAAUGGAGUUGUGAUUGUUUAUGUACACAACAAUACAGAGAUACACAUACACAGCUACAUAUAACCUCUUGUUUCCAGGACUACAAUCACAAGCAUAGUUACUGCAGAUUUAAAAUUGCUUUCUCAAGUCAACAGUGACAGUGCUUACACCGAAUGUUCAAAGUUCCCUCUUCUGUAUGAGGGGUGUUCAAAAAGUUACAAUACUAGCUUCACAUCUUCAAGUUUGUUCUAAUGGUAAUACAAUUUUGGGCCAUCAGCAAAAUACAAAAAAAAACACUUGACGUUAACCCAUCCUUGCAUUUAAAUCGCCAGUGAAGUACACAUUCACCAAACUUGAUCAGAAGUAAGAUCAGAUGGUCAACUAAUAUUUUAAGAUGAUGUCAUAAAUUUUAGUACAAAAAAGUUAACAUUUAUUCUGAUUAUAAUUUGUGAAGUCCAUAAAUAAUUGCAGUGUAUGUAAAUUUUCAAAAGAAAUUGAUAAAAAAAAACAACAUACAGUACUUUUUUAUGCCACAUACGUGCUUUUCACAGCUGUACAGUGGGGGAAAAAAAAACAAGUUUAUUAUACAGUACCACACUUGUACCUGUAUAUUUUUAAGAUACUUGCAUAUGGUUAAAACAUAGCUUUCUAUUGAUAUAACUUGUACACUGUUUUCAUCAGUUAUGACAAAGUUAUUAGGCUAGUAUCAUAACUUUUAGAUUACCCGGCUGUAGAUUACCUUUAGACCCAGUUAACUAAUCUAAUCUAAAGAAAUCAACUGUAAAAUCACUUUCUUAGAUGGUUGAAAGUGAUAUUGGUUUUGUCAGUUUAGUCUGUUGGCUAGUCUGUGCCAUGUAAAAAAAAAUUGCUGUUUGUUUGUUGUUUUAGCUCACCUGAGCACAAAGUGCUCAAAGGUGAACUUUUGUGAUCGCCCAGUGUCCGUCGUCGUCCGUCGUCAUCAGCAUUUGAUUGUUAACACUCUAGAGGUCACAAUUUUGGCCCAAUCUUAAUGAAACUUGGUCAGAAUGUUACUCUCAAUAAAAUCUUAGAAGGGUUCGAUAUUGGGUCAUCUGGGGUCAAAAACUAGGUCACCAGGUCAAAUCAAAGGAAAAGCUUGUUAACACUCUAGAGGUCACAAUUUUGGCCCAAUCUUAAUGAAACUUGGUCAGAAUGUUACCCUCAAUAAAAUUUUGGAUGAUUUUGAUAUUGGGUCAUCUGGGGUUAAAAACUAGGUCAUCAGAUCAAAUCACAGGAAAAGCUCGUUAACACUCUAGAGGUCACAAUUUUGGCCCAAUCUUGAUGAAACUUGGUCAGACUGUUACCCUUAAUAAAAUCUUGAAUGAUUUCGAUAUUGGGUCAUCUAGGGUCAAAAAGUAGGUCACCAGGUCAGAUCAAAGGAAAAGCUUGUUAACACUGUAGAGGCCACAUUUAUGACUGUAUCUUCAUAAAACUUGGUCAGAAUGUUAAUAUUGAUGCUCUUAAGAUCCAGUUUGAAUCUGGGUCAUGUAGGAUCAAAAACUAGGUCACCAGGUCAAAUCAAAGGAAAAGCUAGUACACACCGUCGAGGCCACAUUUAUGACCUUAUCUUAAUGAAACUUGGUCAAAAUGUUAAUCUUGAUGAUCUAUAGCUCAGUUUCAAAUCUGGGUCAGGUGGGGUCAAAAACUAGGUCACUAGGUCAAAUCAAAGGAAAAGCCUGUUAACACUCUAGAGGCCACAUUUAGGACUGUAUCUUCAUGAAACUUAGUCAGAAUGUUAAACUUGAUGAUCUUUAGGAUAAUUUCGAAUCUGGGUCAUGUUGGGUCAAAAACUAGGUCACUGCGUCAAAUCAAAGGAAAAGCUAGUUAACACUUUAGAGGCCACAUUUAUGACCAUAUCUUAUUGAAACUUGGUCAGAAUGUUAAUCUUGAUGAUCUUUAGGUCAAGUUUAAAUCUGGGUCAGGUGGGGUCAAAAACUAGGUCACUAGGUCAAAUCAAAGGAAAAGCUUGUAAACACUCUAAAUGCCACAUUUAUGACUUUAUCUUCAUGAAACUUAGUCAGAAUGUUAAACUUGAUGAUCUUUACGUCAAGUUCAUAUCUGGGUCAUGUCGGGUUAAAAAGUAGGUCACUAGGUCAAAUCAAAGGAAAAGCUUGUAAACACUCUAAAUGCCACAUUUAUGACCAUAUCUUAAUGAAACUUGGUCAGAAUGUUAAUCUUGAUGAUCUUUAGGUCAAUAGGCCAGGUGAGCGAUACAGGGCCUUCAUGGCCCUCUUGUUUUACAAUUUUCCAGUUUCUAGCCCGCUUGGUAGGCAGAAUAGUGCUUUUUCAAAGAAAAAAGGGGGACAUAGAAAUAGGCUGCAUCCUUACGUCCUUCAUGUCCAGUCCAUAACUCGACCAUCCAAGAAGGGAAUUUGAAAGAACUUGGCACAAAUGUUCCCCAUUAUGAUACGACAUGUAGCGUGCAAGACCCAGGCCCCUAGCUCCACGUCAAGGUCACUUGGAGGUCAAAUGUUAACAGGGUCUGUUUUGUGUCUGCCAGUAAUUCUGCUGUUCAUCAAGGGAUUUUGAAAUUAUUUGGCACAAAUGUUCUCCAUAACAGGGUUGAUAAAAUUCCUGAUUUGAAGGCUCCCAGGUUCAUUUUCGAGAUUGUUGUACUUAUAGAUGUAACAAGAGGGUCAUAAUGACCCUGGAUCGCUCACCUGAUUAAUAUGUGCUACAUAGACAAGUGUAAGAGAUCACGUAAGAAAGUCAAAUAUAAGUAAGCACUGAAGUCUUUUCCCAGUUGUGUGAACAUGUUUCAAAUGUCAAACUGAUGCUAAAAUAUUAAGAAAAUAGGUCAGUAGGUCACAUUCAAGGUCACUGGAAGUCAGUUUUGAGACCGGUGUGCAAAACUGUACAUGUCGUCCAAAUUUCAAGGCUGUAUCUAAAAAACAAGAAAGUUGGUCAAGGUCACAGUCGUGACCCCUAAUUACUUGGGAUCAUCAGGUGAUUAUAAUUAAACAGUCUAGGAAAUAUGAUCAGAUAAUUUUUGAAGUAUUUUUUCCUAUUAAUCUCGUAGGCCCAUAGGGCGGCCUGGGUCAUGAUUUGAAAAUCUUAUUAAAGGACCACUAGACAAUGCCACAGGUAAAAUAUCUAAGCUCUGUGCCUUUCGGUUUCAGAGAAGAACAUUUUUUAAUGUUUUUCGUAUAGAACACUAUGUAAAUUCAAGGGACCACGGGGCGGGAAUCUGGGAUCAUAACUUGAACAAUCUUGGUAAAAGUCCACUAGACAAUGCCACAUACCAAAUAUCUAAGCUCUAGGUCUUCAGGUUUCAGAGAAGAAGAUUUUUUGAAAUUUACAAUAUAGUCAUGGCAGCCAUGUUUUUUACCGAAAUAGAAUGGCUUAAGCGAUUUUGGUAGAAAGUCACCUCAAGAUCAUUUCUACAAAAUAUUUUUGAAAUCCGGCUAACAGUCUGAGAAGAAGAUUUUCCUUUCAGUUGCCAUGACAACCAAAGUUCUGCAUGGAUUUCAAUUUUGAAAGGGGGCCACCCAAGGAUCAUUCCUGUGAAGUUUGCUGUAAAUAUGCCCAAUGGUUUUGAAGAAGUUUUUUUUAGAAAUUGUUGACACACGACGGACAUCGAGCGGUCACAUAAGCUCACCUUGAGCCUUUGGCUCAGGCGAGCUAAAAAAGCUAUUAACAAUUGUAGAUUUCCAGAAUGCAAACACAGGCAUAAGUUGUAAUUUUAUUUCAACUAUAUAGGUAAAUACAGUAUUAUUAUGAUUGCAAUACAUUAGGUUGAUAAUAAAUUAUAGUGUAGCUCUGCAUUGACCAACAUUGGUAUUAAAGGUACUGACCUCCAGAUUUUGGCUUAAAAUGAUCUUUCUUUAAAAAUGAAGUUUUUGUUUCUAAUCUAUCUUAAAAAUGCCAAAUCAAGAAAAAAAAUGCCUGAGUUUGGUUCGAUUAAGAAUAAAAAAAAAAAAAAAAAAAAAUUUUCAUGUGUUCUUGACCAGUACAUCAUGGAGGAAUACGUACUUAGGGAUCGUUAAAUGAAGCUUUAUAAUUAAAACAGUUUACCUCCAGUACCCUUUAAUAAACGCUUUACUUUUGAAUGGAAAAAUUAUUUUCAUAACAUAUCUGUCAGUAGUUUAAAAGCCUUCUUAAGAAAUAUAGCAACAAUUUUCUGAUGUCUAAAAAUGUUCUCUUUUUUUUUUUUUGUCAUAUGAUCUUGUCAGUGACUUCUUUAACUUUCACUGUUGCAUUAUUUAAAAACAAGUUUCAUUAGUAGCAUAUAAAGCACGUUUCAAUGUGUACAUGUGCAUGAAAAGUGUGCUAUAUAAAUGUGGUAUAAUAAUAUAUAAAUGUCAUACAUUUCAUCUGUUUAUAAAUUACUUCCCUUCUAUAUGAUAAAACAUUUCAUUACAUUUUUCUUGCCAAUAAUAAAGUCUCAUUAAAUCCUUAAAAUACAGAAUCUGAUAUUUACAUUUGAAAGCAUUCACCAGUUUUAGAUUUCUAGGUACAUCUUCAUGAAAUAUAGUUCUGAUUAAUAUACAUAGACACAGCUGGCAGUGUGUUUAGGAAAAAUGUCCCUAGGUGGGGGAGGUUGGUAACUGUUACAAUUUCUUUUUUACACAAUAACUGCAGUAUGUUUUUUUAUCUGCAAACUCCCAUUUUUAUGCCCCCUUCGAAGAAAAGAGGGUGGGGGGUAUAUUGUUUUGUAGAUGUCGGUCGGUCGGUAUGUAGACCAAUCGGUUUCUGGAUGAUAACUCAAGAACGCUUGAGCCUAGGAUCAUGAAAGUUGAUAGGGAGGUUGGUCAUGACCAGCAGAUGACCCGUAUUGAUUUUGAGGUCAGUAUGUCAAAGGACAAGGUCACAGUGAUUAGGAACAGUUAAGCACUCAAGAACGCUUGGGCCUAGGAUCAUGAAAGUUGAUAGGUAGGUUGGUCAUGACCAGCAGAUGACCCCUAUUGAUUUUGAGGUCAGUAGGUCAAAGGUCAAGGUCAGAGUAACCCGGAACAGUUAAACCGUUUCAGGACGAAAACUUGAGAACACUUGGUCCUAGGAUCACGAAACUUGAGAGGUUGAUCUUUACCAGCAGAUGACCCCUAUUGAUUUUUAGCCCACCAUCAUCAGAUGGUGGGCUAUUCAAAUCACUCUGCAUCCGUGGUCCUUCCGUCCGUCUGUCAUUCCGUCCUUCCGUUAACAAUUUCUCGUUAUCGCAUCUCCUCAGAAACUACCAGGGGGAUUUUGACCAAACUUUGUCAGAAUGAUGUAUUGGUACCCUAGUUGUGUCCCCCUGAAAAUCAGACUGGUUCAACAAUUUUUUAGUAAGUUAUGGCCCUUUGUUUAUUUCUAUAAUUUACAUAGAUUUAUAUAGGGAAAAACUUUGAAAAUCUUCUUGCCCAAAACCACAGAGCCUAAAGCUUUGAUAUUUGGUAUGAAGCAUCAUCUAGUGGUACUCUACCAAGAUGAUUCAGAUUAUUUCCCUGGGGUCUAAUAUGGCCCCGCCCCGGGGGUCACAUGGUUUAUAUAGACUUACAUAGGGAAAAACUUUGAAAAACCUCUUGUCCAAAACCACAGGGCCUAGGGCUUUGAUAUUUUGUAUGUGACAUCAUCUAGUGGUCUUCUACUAAGAUUGUUCAAAUUAUCUCCCUAGGGUCAAAUAUGGCCCCGCCCCGGGGGUCACAUGGUUUACAUAGACUUAUAUAGGGAAAAACUUUGAAAAUCUUCUUGUCCAAACCACAAAGCCUAGGGCUUUGAUAUUUGUAAUGUAGCAUCGUCUAGUGGUUCUCUACCAUGUUUGUUAAAAUUAUCCCCCUAGGGUCAAAUAUGGCCCCGCCCUUGGGGUCACAUGGUUCAUAUAGACUUUUAUAGGGAAAAGCUUUUAAAAACUUCUUGUCAAUAACCUACAACAUUCAGAUUUGGACCACAUAUAUGGUUUUGAGUGGCAAGAUGAACCUUGACAUGAGUUGACCUUGAUUUUGACCUAGUGACCUACUUUCACAUUUCUGUAGCUACAACCUUCAAAUUUGGACCACAUGCAUAGUUUUGUGCACUGAAAUAAACUUUGACCUUGACAUUGACCUAGUGACCUACUUUCACAUUUUUGAAGGUACAGGCUUCAAAUUUGGACCCCAUGCAUAGUUUUGUAUUCCGAAAUAAAAUUUGACCUUGAUUUUGACCUAGUGACCUACUUUAACAUUUCUCAAGCUAUAGCCUUCAAAUUUGGACCACUUGCAUAGUUUUGUGUACCGAAAUGAACUUUGACCUUAAGAUUGACCUAGUGACAUACUUUCACAUAUCUGUAGCUACAGGCUUCAAAUUUAGACCACAUGAAUAGGAUUGUGUACCGAAACAAACUUUGACCUUGACAUUGACCUAGUGACCUACUUCCACAUUUUUGAAGGUACAGGCUUCAAAUUUGGACCACAUGCAUAGAUUUGUGUUCUGAAGUGAAAUGUGACCUUGAUUUUUACCUAGUGACCUACUUUCACAUUUCUCAAGCUACAGCCUUAAAAUUUGGACCACUUGCAUAGUUUUGUGUACCGAAAUAAACUUUGACCUUAAGAUUGACCUAGUGACCUACUUUCAAAUUUCUCAAACUACAGUCUUCAAACUUGAUGCACAUGCAUAGUUUUGUGUACAAAGAACUUUGUCCUUGAAAUUGAUCGAGUGACCUACUUUCACAUUUCUCAAGCUACAGCUUUCAAAUUUAGACCACAUGCACAGUGUUGUGUACGGAAAUGAAAUUUGACCUUGAGCUAGUCAAUAAGUCUUGAAAUUUGGAACACACAAAAGUGGCACAUUGGUGGGCGCCAAGAUCACUCUGUGAUCUCUUGUUAGAUUGGUAGGUCACAGGUCAAGGUCACAUUGACUCAGAAAAGUAGAAGUUUUUUUGCCAAAUAAUUUGAGAAUGCUUUGGUUUAAGAUCACAUUUGAUAUAGAGGUCACUUUUGAUUGGUAAAUGUCCCAUAAUUAUUGAUUUGAGGUCAGUACAUCAAAUAUCCAGUGCACAGUGACCAAAUAAUUUCUGUUCCAUGUGCAGUUACUGAAUGCAUCAAGGGGGCAUUUCAUGUUCGAUGAGCUCUUGUUUCACAGAAUAUGGACCACAAUAAUGCAAAACUACCAGUCAGUUUGAAACAGUACACAGAUAGUUAUGGCCCCUUCUGUUAUAGUCAUGAUUGGAAAUAAACAAGAAGAUCUAUAGGAAAUUUGUAGAGAAUGUGUUUCACUAUAAUUAUGUAGAUGUGUUUUCAUAACUAGCCUGUUUUGAAGAGUAUCCUUAUGGUAAUGGAUGUGGAUUUCGUCAACAUUGAGAAAAUUGUCUGUGUCCAGUAUUGAGUGAUUAUACCCCUACAAACAAAGUUUGAGGGGGUAUAUAGGAGUGAGCUUGUUGGUCUGUCGGUCAGUCUGUCUGUCGGUCCGCUGGUUUUCAUGGUUUCCGGACAAUAACUCAAGAAAGGCUCGACAGAUUUAAAUAAUUUUUAGUACACAGAACAUCAUACAAUACAGGUCAAGUUCGACUUUGAGAUCAGUAGGUCAAAGGUCAAGAUCACAAUGACUCAGAAUAGUUAAACGGUUUCCGGAUGAUGACUUGAGAAUGCUUGGGCCUAGGAUUAUAAAUUUUGGUACACAGGUGUAAUCAUAAAAUACAGGUCAAGUUUGACUUUGAGGUCAGUAGGUACAAUGACCCAGACUAGUUAAACAGUUUCUGGAUGGUAACUUGAGAACGCUUGGGCCUAGGAUCAUGAAAGUUGAUAGAGAAGUUGAUCAUGACCAGCAAUCAGUAGGUCAAAGGUUAAGGUCACAGUGACCUGGAACAGUUAAACCAUUUCCGGGCGUUAACUUGAGAACAUUUGGGCCUAGGAUCAUGAAAGUUGAUAAUAGAUGACCCCUAUUGAUUUUGAGGUUUGACUUUGACAUUGGCUUACUUUUGUGACAAGGCCGUAUUGUUGGGGUAUAAUUCGUCACUCCUGUGACAGCUCUAGUUUUGAUUUAAUAUUGAACAAAACUUGCGCAGAAAGAAGCAAAUGUUUUACUGCCAUUACACUCCAGUUGAACAAAGUGAUGUUUAUGUUACUGUGGAAAGUGGCUAAGGUUUGAAUUGUGACCUCUUUGGCAGGGGGAGUAUUCUUACCAGAUAAAAACACUUGUGUUUUGCAAAUUUUUGUUGCAAUGUUAGAAACUUGUUUGAACACUACACAGGUGUUUCACUGAUAAAAGGGUGCCAUGCAGGGUAUCAAAUAACUUUUUUGCAUUGUUACUGAUUCCAUAUGUUUUAGCUGGACUAAAGAGGAGCUAUUGUGUUUUAAGCUAUUCUACUUGGCACCACUUCUGUCGUCUUUGUCACAUACAUCUUAAAAGUUAUGUGUGCAAGUUCUUAUCUCAGUAACUGGCAUAGCAUGUAUUGGAUUGAAACUUCACACAAGGCUAUCUAGUCAUUAUACCUACUGAAAUAGCCAAGUUAGAUAACUCUUGGUUGAAUUUAAUUGAAAGUAUGGUCCUUUUCUGACUUAAAAAAUUUGGUUAAAGUAUCGCAUGCAACUAAUUAAGUUGUAUCUCAAUAGCAACUACAUAUAUUAGAUUGAAACUUAACAUAAGACAUCCUUCUAAUCAAGCUUUUAUUUAUAACCAUGUCAGAAACUCAUUAUCAUUACCAUGAUAAGUCUUUCCAAGUUAUGGCCCUUCUUUGACAUAGAAGUUAUUGAAUAGUGCAACACACUGUUUUAUGAAUAGCUCGUUUGACUUGGCAAUUCUGGCAAUUAUCAUAACACAGGAAAGCGCUUUUACUCUAAGAUUUAAUCAAAAUUGUUACCCUUCUAUACAUGUUUAUGUUAUUUUAUUCUGUCAUUUAACCUUGUGACAAGGCUUUUCAAUAGUUAAGCAUUGCUGUCCUUGGGUUGGUGGUCAUCAAGAAAUUUCUCAGUAUAUACAGGCUUCAGUUGUUCACAUAAUGUAUUUCAGUCUGUUGCAGAUUUUAUGUUAUUCAUAUCUAUUUUUAUUAUAACACUAAUAGUGAUGUCACAUUGGCCAACUGCUAGCCACCAAGAAACAGUGCAACCAUUUUAUAUUUUAGACAUAUAAGAAUCAAAAACUUGGAAUUCUUUAUUUUGGUGCACAGAAUGACAUCCUACACAAAAUAAGGAGAAAAUCUCAACAAAGGGUUGUGUUGCAAUGUUUUCCAUUAUAUGACCAUUAUAUUUAUGUAAGAAGCAAAAUCUUUUAAUCUUUUCUCUUUUUUUUGAUAACAUAAUACAAAGGUGUACAGAUUAAAGCAUUUCUGUGUUUGGUUAGUAUUAUUGGAAUAAUCAAAGUUUGUUUGUUGUUUAAUUCGCUGACAAAACUCGUGUAAAUGUACAUUCUACAAUAAAUAUUGUUAUGCACA